AUGCAGGAUCCUUUGAACACACCUGUUGAAAAUUCAUCUCCAGAUAUACUCCUUUUCCUUUCUCAACAAUCAUUCUUCUAUCCAAUGGAACCAACAUUAGAAGCCAUCAACAGCAAUGGGGGUUCAGUUAAAGUCGGGACAACUGGGACAAUAAGUGCCCUCAUGUCCAAAGAGCUCGACUCUACUAAAUCAACAACUUCAAGAACAUCCUUGGAUGAACCAAGCAGCAACCGUAACACGAACGCUUUAAAAAAUCCAAGAAACACCGAAAAUACAAAAAGGAUGAAAAGCCACAAUAGAAGCACUCAUCAAAUACCGAUGCUUACAGCUGACGACAUGUCCUUAGACGGGACCCCUAUAAGGCCGAAGCCCAUGAAGAAGGGCCCGACUAAUGUAGUCGAGAUAGUCGACAUAAAAUGCGGUGGAUCUGAUCGCAAAUGGGUUAGCCCCAUCACUGACCGCCUGAAGAAGCUUAAUUUUUCCAAAUUAUCCGAAAGCAUCGUGUAA